GUCAAUCCCAUUCUCUAUAUAAACCCUCAUUUCCUCUUCUUCUUCUUUCUCUCGCUCGCACUCGCUUGGUUUUCUCUUCUCUUCGUUGCAAGGAUGUCUAUCUUUGAGUAUAAUGGAAGUGCUGUGGUGGCGAUGGUGGGCAAGAACUGCUUCGCGAUCGCCAGCGAUCGGAGGCUUGGAGUCAACCUCCAGACCAUUGCCACCGAUUUUCAGAGGAUCUACAAGAUCCAUGAAAAGCUCUAUAUUGGUCUUUCUGGCCUCGCUACUGAUGCCCAGACCUUGUACCAGCGGCUUGUUUUCCGGCACAAGCUGUACCAGCUGCGGGAGGAGAGGGACAUGAGGCCUGAGACCUUUGCCAGCCUUGUAUCUGCCAUUCUCUAUGAGAAAAGAUUUGGGCCAUACUUCUGCCAGCCUGUAAUUGCUGGACUAGGAGAUGAUAAUAAGCCGUUUAUCUGCACUAUGGACUGCAUUGGCGCCAAGGAACUUGCUAAAGACUUUGUUGUUUCUGGUACUGCAUCAGAGUCUUUAUAUGGUGCUUGCGAGUCUAUGUUCAAGCCUGACUUGGAACCUGAUGAAUUAUUUGAGGUUGUAUCACAAGCACUUCUUGCAUCCGUGGAUCGUGAUUGUUUGAGUGGUUGGGGAGGUCAUGUCCUCAUUGUGACACCAACUGAAGUUCUGGAGAGGACAUUAAAAGGAAGGAUGGAUUGAUGGGUGUUGUUCAACUUCAAACUCAUUCUGAAUUACUCAUGGAAAACAAUUGUCACUUCUCUUAAUGUAAGUCUUUGUGUUCCUAAUGAGAUGUCAUCAGCCCUCAGUCUCACAUUCUAUGAAAAAAGUUUUCAAUUUUAAAUAUAUUAUCUGAUGCAAGCAAGUCACAGGACAGUGAACGAAAAUUGUUGCCUCUUGUUAACUUAAAAAUUUGUUUGGUAACACUUUGGAAUUGGAAGACCUCAAGUUAUUUUUUUAAUGAAUGCAUGCAACUUUCAACUUA